UCUUUUGAACCUUAAAAUUGAGGCUGUAUUAUCUUGCUUUGGUAAAGCCAUCAGAAGCUCCCAUUUCCCCCCCUAUAUUCUGAUAGAACUUUAAUUUAUUACUAAAUUAAAUUUACUUUGGGAUAUGAGAUAGGAUACUAGCUGUUAGAGGAAAAAUAUCUACUUAAGUAGUAGUAGGCAACAUUAGAGACCGUUAGGACACUUUUCUCAUUGACCUUUUCCCCUCAAAGUAUGUGACCAUUCCGAGGAUCUUUGCAGUUGUCAGUUUUGGAAUUUGCUUGUCAGGAAAUCUAAAAAUGACUAAACAUUUCUUUAAUAUUGCAUCUCUUGGAUGAUUUCAAAAAGUUUUAGGAAAGAUUGGGAAGUUUUAUAUACCAUAUGCUAGAAACAUAUAAGGAACAAAGUACAGUUAAUUUUACUGAUGCUACCAAAUUGGUAGUGAAACAGUUACUGUGGAAAUGUUUAAAAAAUGCCAAGCAGUGCUUUACUCAAACCAAAUGAUUAGUCUUCCAGAGCUUGUUCCUUUUUUAAAAGUAUAUUAUUUUCUGGAGAUACUAUUUGGUCUCUACUAAGGAUAAAUAAUCACUUACAAAGAAAAAAAGGCUGAUAUCACAGACAGAUUUUAAUAUCACCAAUUGUAGAAAUUGCUUUUCAAUGGUUUUAGAUAAAUGGAAGUAGAUUUUCAUGAAAGAACUUUAGAAUUUGUGGCAUGAUAGUUUUUCUCUUUUUAACAUCUAAGUUAUCUCUACUCAUUUCUGCCUAAUAUAGAAACUUUGAGAAGCUAGGAGGGGAAAAAAAUGAAAUUACUUCAGAAUUACCAUUUUAAGUUUUGUGGAUUACUUAUUUGGAGAACUAAAUUGGAUUUUGAUAUUAUUGGGAUUGUGUUCAAGAUGGACUCAGAAAAAAAAUCAGAUGCCAUCUGUUUCAGAUUCCUUAUUCCCUCACCCCUUCAUGUUUUAUGGCUUUGAAUUCAUCAGAUUAUUUUUCAAAAAUGAAAGUCCUCAGUAGAUUUAUAUUAUGUAAUUUCAGCCAUAUCAGUGAACAUAUAAUAAAAGAACUUGAAUUUUUACACAAAAGGAUCACAGAUAACGGUUAAAACUAAUUAAGUUAUUUUUAAACUAUCUGAACAUUAGGUAGCUUCAUACAUCUUUGUCAUCAUUGACCAUUUUUGUCAACACUUGUUGCUGGAAGUUGCUUAAAAAUGGAUUAUGGAGAUACAGAAUAAAUAUUUUUUUCUCCUUCAUGUUAACAACUAGAAGAGAAGCUUCUGCUGAGGAUUUUUUUAUUUAGUGAUGAGUCCACUUAAAUUUAAUCUUUCAGUAGGGAGUUUUGCCUUACCAUAUGCCAGUUGCUAUUACUUUCAUCUAAAUGGUACCAUAUAGUUCAUAGGCCACAUACUUGCCAUUUUUCAGUUCAGAUCUUAAUAAAUCCUAAGAAUAGGCUUUUGGGUUUACUGAGCUGGAAAAGACUGUUACCUGUUCAGGUUACAGUAGUUGGCACCUGGCAUGGACCAGAAACACCCAGGCAUCUUUGAGAAACUAUAAAGUAGUACUAGUGUGGUCUCUCAGAAAUGGACUGAAGAGAGAGCAAUCUGGAUAGAAGAGAGCCAUGCUUUGUCUGCAGCAGAAAUGUUCUGGUGUUGUAGGAAGACUGAUGGGCUGCCCCUAUACUGCUCUAGUCUUUUCUUCACCAGAAGCUCCAAGUGGGCAGUGUAGUUAUGGCAAGGGUUGGGGUGUCAGGGAUGGGAAUUGUUCUUCAAUAAUCACUCACCCAUCACAAUGGAGGCAUAGACAUACUGGGGAAAGGGAUAUUCUCUUGGAUUUUGCCUUGGCCAGAGAAGCGAAAUGAACAGGUAGCUAUUGCCUUUGCCAUCAAAGACGACUUGGUGCUUACCCUUGGUGCUGGGACACCUUCCAUUUUCCAGAACAUCUUAACCUUAAUUGGUUUUUGGCCUCCAAAUAUUCUGGUCAUCUAAGGUUACAAAAUACACUCCUAUGCUUGAGAUCCACAGACUACAUGUCCUACAAGAACAAAUCAAUGAUUUUUCAUCUCCUGGAGAUACAUUAGAAACAUAACUAUGGUGCCAAAAGAUCUCCUUAAUUUUCUCUGACUACGGUUUAUUUGGAUGUAGUUUUGUAUCGAAGAGAAAUAUACGGACUGAGGCUACUCGUGCAGAGACUCUGUCGUGUAGGAUCAUGGACCAUCCUAGUAGGGAGAAGGAUGAAAGACAGCGGACAACUAAACCCAUGGCACAAAGGAGUACCCACUGUCCCCGACCGUCUGGCUCCUCAACAUCCUCUGGGGUUCUUAUGGUGGGACCCAACUUCAGGGUUGGCAAGAAGAUAGGGUGUGGGAACUUCGGAGAGCUCAGAUUAGGUAAAAAUCUCUACACCAAUGAGUAUGUAGCUAUCAAACUGGAACCAAUAAAAUCACGUGCUCCACAGCUUCAUUUAGAGUACAGGUUUUAUAAACAGCUCGGCAGUGCAGGUGAAGGUCUUCCACAGGUGUAUUACUUCGGACCAUGUGGGAAAUACAAUGCCAUGGUGCUGGAGCUCCUUGGCCCUAGCUUGGAGGAUUUGUUUGACCUCUGUGACCGAACUUUUACUUUGAAGACGGUGUUAAUGAUAGCCAUCCAGUUGCUUUCUCGAAUGGAAUAUGUGCACUCAAAAAAUCUCAUUUACCGAGAUGUGAAGCCAGAGAACUUCCUGAUUGGCCGACAAGGCAACAAGAAAGAGCAUGUUAUACACAUUAUAGACUUUGGCCUGGCCAAGGAAUACAUUGACCCUGAAACCAAAAAACACAUACCUUAUAGGGAGCACAAAAGUUUAACUGGAACUGCAAGAUAUAUGUCUAUCAACACGCAUCUUGGCAAAGAGCAAAGCCGACGGGAUGAUUUGGAAGCCCUAGGCCAUAUGUUCAUGUAUUUCCUUCGAGGCAGCCUACCCUGGCAAGGACUCAAGGCUGAUACAUUAAAAGAGAGAUAUCAAAAAAUUGGUGACACCAAAAGGAAUACUCCCAUUGAAGCUCUCUGUGAGAACUUUCCAGAAGAGAUGGCAACCUACCUGCGAUAUGUCAGGCGAUUAGACUUCUUUGAAAAACCUGACUAUGAGUAUUUACGGACCCUCUUCACAGACCUCUUUGAAAGGAAAGGCUACACCUUUGACUACGCCUACGAUUGGGUCGGGAGGCCUAUUCCUACUCCAGUAGGGUCAGUUCACGUAGAUUCUGGUGCAUCUGCAAUUACCCGAGAAAGCCACACACACAGGGACCGGCCAUCACAACAGCAGCCUCUGCGAAAUCAGACUGCAUCGUCAGAGCGCCGAGGAGAGUGGGAAAUCCAGCCCAGCCGGCAGACCAAUACCUCGUACCUGACGUCUCACUUGGCUGCAGACCGCCAUGGGGGAUCAGUGCAGGUGGUUAGCUCAACCAAUGGAGAGCUGAAUGUCGAUGACCCCACGGGAGCCCACUCCAAUGCACCAAUCACAGCUCACGCCGAGGUGGAGGUAGUCGAGGAAGCUAAGUGCUGUUGUUUCUUCAAGAGGAAAAGGAAGAAGACUGCCCAGCGCCACAAGUGACCAGUGCCUCCCAGGAGUCCUCAGGCCCUCGAUUGCACCUGCAGCUCCUGCCAUUUUUCAUUGGAAGGGACUCCUCUGUGGGGGAGGGUGGAGAUCCAAACCAAAAAGAAGAAAACAGAGGCCCCCAGAAGGAGCCAGUGCGGGCGGCCAGGGCCCGGGGGGGGUGUCAGUGGCCACCGCCGCCUGCCUAAAGCUCUGAGCAGGUCCCAGAGCGGCGGCCCGUCCACUGCUUGCCCCUGCGGCUGCCUGGUUGACUCUCCUUCCUAUUGUUUACAGUGAAGGUGUCAUUCACAAAAACUCAAGGACUACUAUGCUCUUCCCUCGUGUAGUUUACUCCUGGUUCUUGCCCCACCCUCAACCCUCUCCAGCAUAAAAGCUAGUGCAUUAAAGGCUAUGUCUGCUGAAGGAACUCCAGAGGGUGGGGGUGUGGCCAAGAAGGCAAGGGGAAGAUGGCAGGCCUGGGCAGGAGAAGAACCUUCUCCAACUACCAGGCGUGCCUGGCAGCAAGGCUCCCUCCUCUGUGCCUGUGCAGCCUCCAUCCCCAGCUGGCCACGGGGUGCAGGUUCCUCCCUCCCUCCCUUCUUCUGUGAAGUUACACUGUCGGACACAAGCUGUGAGAAAUCUGCAGUCUACUGUCCCCGCGUGUUGGCAUUCUUCGCUCUCUUGACAAGCGAACUCUGUUCUCCAGACGGUAGUAGGACAAUGCAAAUUGUUCUGAUCAAAGGAAAAAAAACUGACUUUAUUGCACUUUUAGUUGUUUUUUGUUUUGUUUUGUUUUUUAACAAAAAACACGGCAGAUGCAUAUUGUGUCUGGUUAUAUCGGGAGUUUUACUUUUUUCUGUUUUGAGGGGGAUGGGGCCAGCCAAGCCAUUCAGAGAGAACAUGGGUCCAGAGGACAUUCUCAGUGGAAAAAGUUGGGUCUGCAGCACCCAGAAGAGAAGAAGCCAAACUCUGUGUCAUUCUGAGUAAACACUCAGGUUGGCAAGGAAACAUACUUGAAUUUUCCUCAUCUUCUCAACUGCUGAAGAAUGUCCCUCCCAGAGCCUCUUGACCUCAUCAGCCUACAGUUUGGACUGCCUUGCUCUCCAGCACAUGGGAUAAGCCAGACUGUGACCAGGAGAAGAUGUUUGACAAAAAAAUUGGAAAUAAUCGGUUUCCUCCACUGCCAGGGACUUCCAACUAGAUAGCCAUGUGACUUCCUUAGUGACUUGGGGGACAAAAUUCGUGAUGAAAGAGCCACCACCAUAUUGCCACUAGUGGACAAGAAGAAGAGGAAAGUGAGCCUGCCUUCCAACUGCCAGAAGAACCUCAGGAUUUGGCAUCAUAGGGCCAGUGAAUAAAACCAGUGUGUACUGUCUGCCCCAGUAGCUGAGUGAUAGCAUUUGGUCUGGCCUGCCUUACCAGAAACCAAGCACCUGCAGAUCUUCUUCCAGUAGGUCCACAGCAGCAGGCUCCAGACUGAGCAUGUGGAGCUGUCGUGAACAGGAGGAUAAGAUUGAUUGGUGCUGGAAAAUUCCAGGGGAAAGGAUAUUGAAAUGAAAGGUCUGAAAUUAUUUUCUCAAUUGGAUGUAGACUCCUUCCAAAUAAGAUGGCCGCAUAUCGAGAGCAUGUUUCCCCAGUCCACUAUUUGCCUUCCCAUGUGGGAUGGUCACCUAACCUACUACCAUGAAGGGUCUUGAUUCUUCAUUCACUUCUUGGAAAGUCAUCAAUGUAUGGAGUUAAUCUUAUUGUGCUCAAUUUUCAUUUGAGCUCAGUGGCUUAUGCAAACAGUGACCUCAUUCCAGAUGUGAUAGAGGAGAAAGAAUCACUUACGUCAGGGAACAAGGCCUUGUGUCUGGGAGUAGAGAGAGCUAACCGUGGAGGACCAGUGGCUGGUGACUGAGUCUGGUGGUUUUGGGAACACAAAUCAUUUGCCUCUGGCUUGAGGUAGUGGGCCAUCUUUUGGACUGGAGGAUGUGGGGAUACUUUCCGGUAGUUGGCAUGUCUUGACAAGUCCCUUGAUGUAUCUCACAUGGAGCAGAAAUAGCAGCAGUUGCAUGGAUCAGAGUUACUGGACUUCAGCUGUUCCAUUGGGCCUUGGCUAGGAAGUAUCACUUUAUUGGCUUCAGACCUGCUUAGCUCAUGUGUAGAUUGUAAUCUUUCAUUUCUUUAAAAGAAAAUUUCCUGUAUACAAGACAGAGUGGCUGGGAGACACACUGUCACAUCCCUUUUCCACAAGGAUUUUGAAUAUUGCUUCCUCGAUAUUACCUAGUGGUUAAGGCACCAUCAUAGAAACUUAUUUCUCAGAUGGCACUUGGGCAACUCAAACUUGCUUGUAUAGAAACUUUAACUUCCUUAUACCUUGUCUAGAAAAAGCCUUGUCUCUCAAAGGAGGGCAAGGGGAAAAUGGUGACAAAGCCUCUAGCAUCCUGGCACUCCAUACCCACUAAGUGCCUCCCCACCUCUGCUUCCACAAAAAAGCAAAGGCAGUGACCAGCUUGGCUCAGGGCAGGUCCCCCUGCAGCUGGGUUUGUGACUUUUUUUGGUCUUAAAUGUUUUUAAAGGCUAGCUCUUGAGGGGUUUAAACCUAAGCAGUUAUGGGGGGGGUCCUUCCUAAUGCACUGUUCUUUCUCUCCCCCCCACAAAUCUCUUUACUAGGUAUUUGAUUUUCAUAACAAAGGGUCAUGGUGAUUCUUCCAAGGCCAUUAGCACUCCAAGGUGGUCCCAGACCCCUGAGAGAUUCUAUUGUGAUCUUCCUGAAAAUUAAAAAGUAAAUAAGAAAGACUACCUAAGGAAUAAUUUGGCCAUCAGUACCAUCCCCACCAGCACAUCAGGGCUCCCGGCCUCAAGCCGCUUGCUCUAGUUGCUUAGCACUGUGCCUCAGCCAGGCCCCCGAGGCUGGGCACUCCCUCCACCCACCCACCAGCCACCCUAGUCCACUCACUGCAGUUUUUUGAUCUUUCUCCAUUUCACAACAUGGUGCCUAGGGAUCUUUUUCUUUGGGAUUGAUGCAGUUGCUUCUGGGUUAGCAGUAAGUACUAACAGCAUCUGUUCAUUAAAAAAAACCCUUAAUAUAUGCCACCAGGAGUUCUCCUGAGCCCUGCGCCCCUCUGGCAUUGCAUCCUGAGCAGAUUGAGGCAUAAACGGUCCUUCUCGUAUACCAGAGGGUGACGUGUGUCUGCGCAGUCAGGCCUUGUAAGGGUUGACCACUUGCCACACACACCCUGCCAUUUCCCAGGGAUCUCACUCUGGACUCCUCUGCAAGGGAGGGCAGUGUUCCAGCAGCUGCUGUGCUCUCGUGACCACCUCCAUGAACAUUUCUGCUGCACUGGGUCUGUCUAGGAGUAAACAGGGUCUAAGAAGGUACAAGUAAGGGACUAGGCUGACCUCCAGUUAAAGCUCCAAUUCACUCUGGAUAGGCUGACCUCCAGUUAAAGCUCCAAUUCACUCUGGAACACGGGGCAACAGGAGAACGCAAGAUCCUGGGGUUUUCAUAGUGGUGUUGAUUUGCCUGUUUAUGUCCAUGAACUGCGGGUACAAAGAAACGGCCCCUGCCGGCAGCCGGAAGAGGGUCCAUCACCUCGAUAUCCCAACUUAGUUCACUGGAAGUGUGCACUGAUGGUGCAUAUUCAGUGUUGAUUCUCAGUGUGAGUAACCAUCUUUAAGGUCAGAAAUAUGCAGUGAUGGUAACGUCUGUCGGAGUGGUUACUAAAGAUCAUAGCCUUAACUUUUUUGUAUGCAAAAGAUAGAACUUAUUCCCCUGCUCAGUGAGCAAGCAUGGCCUGUGUUUCUCAAAAACAAGUUCUUCCAUGGCAGCCCAGAAAGCAUCGCAAAGGAACUUACUCUUCUGAUGCAUCUCUUCCGAUUUCACCUGCCUCCUGUGUGACCCAGUCACCUCUUCCAUUUUCAUAUUUAAACCAGUUCUGCAUCCCCAGUGAGUUGCCCUGACAAUGUCGUCGCCAGUGUCAGCCGCGUUAGGGCUGGAGUCCCUCGGAUUGGGAGCUUGCAGCACCACCCGGCCAACAUUGCCUUUGCCAGUCCACUGCCGCCAUCCCCGCCAUUGCCCUAAGGUGCGCAGCUGAGUCCCAACAACCAUUAGAGAGCCAGCGUGAUGAGGCACCCCAUCCGGAUUGGCCAUCUGAGCAACAGGCACUUGUCUCUGAGGUUCUUGCUUUUGCCAACUCUAGGCCUCCGGGAAAGCCCUGUCUAGAGAUUGAUGGCCAGGGACUCCCAGUCUUCCCUAUGAUGGGUCAGCAGGAAUUGAAAUGAGAUUCCUAUGGUUUUGUUGUCUUGUUUGGGGGAGGGGGGAGGGGGAGAGGGAGGGGUGGCUUUGUUUCUGAAUAAGAAAAAGAGGAAACCACGGCCCUUGUGAGGGUUUGCAGAGUUUUGAGCAGUUUUUAGCCACAAAUAAAGAAUCUUGGAAGUCUUCGAUCAAUUAAGCAGUCUUAAAAACAUGUUUCUCAUAACUCCUUUUGCAGGUGACUGAGUGCAAAAGAAUAGGUUUCUCCAUUGUAUUCAAAAUAGUAAGUAGGUUCCCUGGAUACAGACAGUAGUAGUUGACACAUUUCCUCAAAAAGCAACCAGGACGUCCACUCUAGUAUUUGUAGAUCAGCUUACAAAGGAAAAAGUGAACGUGUACUCCGUAUGUUUUUAGUUUCGUUACCAAACUUGAUGUUCUAAAGAAACCUCAGUUCUGUGGACAGAAUUUCUUUUGUUACUUUCCUCCUCUUUCUCUUCACAAUCAUAUUUCCAGUGCCAUCACCACCUUCAGAGUCUCAGAGCAGAGGGUUAUCCAUGGUAAUAAGUAGGGGUGCCGUGCACUCAUCCCAAUCACACACACAAGAGGACAGCUGUCCCGACUGCCUCUUCCCUGCAAACCCCCUCUUUCAGGGCAGGUGAGACAUUUUCAGUAUUCUUCAUGAGCUCCAGACCAAAUCCCAGGCCAGCCCUUGCACCGAAAGCUUUUUUUUAAGAGGCUUGUCAAUCUGUUAGGAACGUCUCAGGAGAGAUGCGCCAUUUCUUUGGGGGGAAAUAGAUUUACAGAUGGGUGUGUGUGGUUGCCUUGUAUGCCUGUGUGUGUGUGUGUGCGCGCGCGCACACACACACUCAGGCGCUCGGGCGUGUUCUCAUCUGUGCAUUUCACUUCCAUAAAGACACAGCCCAGGCUGCUGGGACCACGUGUUACUGAAUAUUCUCAGAAGUAAACAGGUAACAAGUGAGCUUCUCAAAUUAGUGUCACAGCAAGCUGGCUCUAGGAAUGAGCCCCAUUUAUCGAGCAGAAGAGUAAACAGAAAAGAUAGAGAUGAAACCAAAAAUAUAACCACCCCAAUGGAAAAUAAUGUUGAUUCAUCAAUUCCCAUUGGAUAUAUUACAUGCUCUAAUUUAUUAUAUUAUUUUUUUGUUUGUUUCUUUAAUCUUUGCCCAUUGUACUUUUAAAAAGAUGUUGGGAUGUUGACUGCAAUUUUUUUAAGACUAGAUGAUGUAUAAAUCAGCUGUGGAAAUCAGUUUUAAUUGCUGUGUGGAUGUGUCUGAUUAUUGUUAAAUGCCUUUUUUUUUUUUUUUUUUUACUUUUUAUUUUAGAUAUGUGAUGUUGUUUCAUAAACCCUGGCACUGGUCACAAAGCUCAGCUGUGAAAAAUGAAACUUGUAGUAUUUUUAAACAUGAAUGUCAAUUUCAAGUGUAUUUGAAAUGGUUCCUCCGGGAGAGAGAUUUGUACACCAUUAGGAGAAACUCCUCUGCAGAGGAAGUAGCCUUUUUUGGAAAAAAUGGAAAAUGGGUCUUGAUAUGUUAUCUCAGAGUAGCCCAUUUCCUAGGGCACCAUGGAAAACACAAAUGUGAUCUUUAAGUAUACCUCUUCCCCAAUUUGGGGAAGAAAGGACUCAGUUUGCACCCUUUUUGUAUGUAAAAUAAAAUGUCUUACCUUUCUUGACUAA